AUGGUUAAUAUUCCUAAGUUAAGACGCACCUUUUGUGAGGCAAAAGAAUGUCGAAAACAUACAGUACAUAAAGUGACGCAAUAUAAGAAGGGAAAAGAUUCGCUCUAUGCCCAGGGUAAACGACGUUAUGAUCGUAAACAAAGGGGUUAUGGUGGUCAAACAAAACAAAUUUUUCGAAAAAAAGCAAAGACUACUAAGAAGGUUGUUUUGAAACUGGAAUGUACAGUUUGUAAACAUAAAAAACAAAUUCCUUUAAAACGUUGUAAACAUUUUGAGGUGAGAAUUUUUUUUUGA